GGGAGAGCUCGCUAAGUGGUUUUCUGGUUUGUUCACUUAGUGGGCGGUUAAAUAAUUUAGACAAAAUUAGAAACACAAAUGUAAAAACACACACACACAAACACACACAGUUAGCCUAUUUAUGUCUGAUGUUGAACAGCAGCUUACUGUACACUCAGCCAAUGAGCAGGUGCCAGACAGAGUGAUCCACUUCACCUGAUAACCUCGUCAGGAGGACCACAGGCUGGCCCUGAAACAUACUUCUCACUGUCAGAGGAGCUGCAAACACACGCUCUCUGGUUUUUACCGUUGGAAGAGGAGCAUCAUCUGAACCGCUGCACUGCAGACAGCCACUCAACAGCAUAAAAAAAAAAUCAUGUCUGGCCUGCAGAAACUCUCCCUCACAGUUGCCCUCUGCCUGCUGCUCCUUGCCACACUGUUGCCCAGCUCUGAGGCCCGGCGUGGAGGUGGUGGUGGCUUUGGCCGAGGUGGAGGAGGCUUCGGCCGAGGUGGAGGUCGGGGCUGGGGCGGUGGUGGUGGCCAGGCCUACAGACCCAUCCAGAGCAGUGGCCCCAGUGCAGGGAAAGUAGCUGGGGCAGCUGCAGCGGGCGCAAUAGGAGGAGCAAUGAUCGGGUCUGCCCUGAGCCGCCCUGGGUACGGGUAUGGAGGGUAUGGAGGAGGGUAUGGAGGAUAUGGGUAUGGAGGGGGCUAUGGAGGAGGGUAUGGCUAUCCACAUUAUGGAGUUGGCGGUGGCUACGGCCCCAGGCCUGGCUAUGGCUAUGAACCAGAGGGCUCUGGAGAUAUGGAGUACUACACUGGAGCAUCUAGCGGCCCCAUCUACAACAGCAUCAUCGUUGUCAUCGGCUCCCUGAUGUCCCUGCUGAUUGGCCACUGGGUGGCAGUCAUGUAGAGCAGGAGACAGAGCUGGGAUCCUUAAAACAGACACAGACCCUGACUAAAAAUAACCCACAACCUGACAGAAGACAUUUUUUGGUUUAAAGUCAAAUAUGAAAUAUGACCCUUGAAAUAUGAAAAGCUGUGGUCAGUUUGUUUCCCCGACACUUGGCCCUCCAUGUAGACAGGAAGAGGAAUUUUGACCCAUUUAACCUCUACAACAUGCCGGUGUGAUGCCACAUUUCAGUCUGCAACUGUACUGACAAACAAAGAAAACCACUUCCUGUAGAUAUUUAUUGUCAUUCCCAUUUCUCUUAAUGUGGUCAGUCUUUUUGUACUUUUGAUGAUUGUGGUGGUGACGGCGAUAUUUAUGAUGGUGAUGAUUUAAAAUUUGAUGAAAAAAACAUUCUCUGUAGUCAAUCUGUAACGAUAGACCAGGAAUAAAUUAGAUUAGUUUAUUCAUGUUAAGCCUACCUCAAGAAGCCGGAGUUUAAGAGCAGCUACACAUUUAAUUUGAUAAUGCCAUUUCUCAGUAUAUUCUUCAUAACUUAAUCUUUUAGAGCGUUUUUCAAUCUGCCUGCUCUGCAUCUUGUUAUAUUUUCAGUACAUUGCUUGUAUACUUUACCUUAUUAAAGUACAUGUUUUAUGCCAUUUUGUAGAGGUUUAUAUACAAAUGUUUGAUAUUGUUAUAUAAGUAAAAAGAACUUAGAACAAACAUUUGUGUAAAUUUUUAUUGUCUACAUUAUUGUGAGAAGAAACCAUUCUUAUGUUACCUGCUGAUGAGAAAAACUGUAACAAAACCUGUCGCUGAAAUACGUGUUUUCGAUUGUAUAGGAGACUUGAUAAGCACAGGUUGAAUGUAACCAAGUACAUUUACUCAAGAACUGAACUUUUUACAGUACAAAUUUGAGGUGCUAUUACUUUACCUGAGUAUUUCCAUUUUAUGCUGCUAUAUCCGUCUAUUCUGUGACCUCUCAGGGGUAAAUCUACUCCACUACAUUUGUCUGACAGCUUUAGUUACUUUCCGGAUUACAAUUUAUCAUACCCAACCUGUCCAGUGAAAACAAAGUAUCUCCAAAUUAAUUUUGACUUUGAUUUGUUCUGGUAAACUGAAGAAUGACAUGGUCCUUUAUGGGGUGUGUAAAAUCUCCUACUUCUUAAGAUAAAUAAAAAGAUAAACUUUUUUU